ACACAUGAAGGCAUUUGUGUCUAAUGCAAUUCACUAUCUUAGGUUUCAAAAUGACGGGAAAACAAGUUUACUUCAAAGACACUUACAGGUGCUGAGUGUCACAACUGAUAUCACAGUAUUUGAGCUCAACAAUGGAAUAUCAGUAGAGUUUUAUACAUGUUUGCAUGAACUGAUGACUAGUUUGGAACCUAGUUGUCCGCUAGUAUGGUCAGCUGUUACUGUUCUGCAACAGGCUUGCAAGCACAAAUCGGCAAGAGCUGCCCUGACAAAUACUUUUAAAUUUGUUCCUGUUUUAGCCAAGAUUUUGGGAAACAAUCUUACUCGUGAAAAGAAAGUAAAUGUACUGAAGCUGUUGCAGGAUGUGACUUAUGGAGCAGUAAUCCCACGGCAAGAAGCACAUUUAACAAAACUAGUGUCAAUACUAUCGUCAUGGAUAAUAAAUGAGAAAAAUACAGCUGGUACUCUUUCACUUGGAGUGCUUGUGAACUUGUGCUAUAAGAAUGUCCCAGCCAUUUACACACUUCUACGUUGUGUGGAUCACAAAAGUUUCCUAAAGACAUUGCUUGAACUCAAAACAGAAAAUAUCUACACAACAGUACAGGUACUGAAGUUGCUAACAGAAUGUGACAGUGUAUCAGGAGGAAUACCUGAUGGAGAUAUACUUUAUUUUGUGACAGUGGCAUUCAUGAGUAUAAAAGAAGUUCUCAGGACCAGGGACACAUUUCUACUGAGACUGAUAUUAGAUUUCUUCGCUGAUGUUAACUCCAGUACCCACACACGGCAAGUUCUUCUUUCAUAUACAAGCUUUAAGGAUGGCGUGGAGAAGCUUUUAGAUCAGCACUGCCUGUCAGAUCCACCUGAAGAGCUUGGCAUGCUGCUGGAAUUCUUGCAGACUUUAAUCUUAAUCCGUAUAGAAGACCUCAUGCCACUGUAUAGUCGCAUUUUGCAGUUGGCGCUGUGCUCUAUUCCAUGUUCUGCUGUUGCAGCCCCGGCACUCUCACUUGCUCAAGCUAUACUCGGUACCAGCACCAAUACCUCUGGAGAGAGUGGAAGUUUAAUAGGACAAUUCAGUGGGAGUCUUUCUACCCUGUUAACAGUUUUUUGUGAUGAAAAUGGAACACCAGAUGUACAACAGCAAUUAUGUGAACUCAUGAGGGAUAUGUGUGAUGUGGCUCAACUAAGAGAAAAACUGCUUCAGGUUCUUGAUGUUGAGCUGGUUCAGCAGCAAAUUCGUCCCUUAGUCACCCCUGAAGAUCGUCCUCACUAUUAUUAUGAUGAACGUGUGACAAAAACUAUUCUGUCUGUGCUUGAGCUUACAGUAAGAUUGGCACAGUUUGAUGGCAGGUGGCUCACUGCUGCUUCAGGUAUGCUGGAGCCCACAUCUGUACAUAUGAUAUUGGCACUGGCUCUUUCCUCUGCAUCCGAAGAUAUUCGUCGGAGAAUUUUCAACCUUGUUGUUUCACCUGCAGUUACAAGAGACUGUUUGUCACAACUGAUAACACCGAGGGGAGCCGCAGCUCGUGGCGUUGCGCGCGAGUGUCGCGGCGGUGUGGAACGGUCGCGCUCGCUGGAGCUGGAGCGAGGUACCUGGCGUGGCUCUCCGGACGUUUCGCCGCCUCCCCCGCCGCACCUGCAGGCGCCCUGGGGAAAUCUGGCCGGAGAGAUGCGGCCGGGCAUCAGCGGCGGCGGCGGCAGCAGACCUGCGAUCCGCUGCUGCAGACGACGGUUCGCACUUCGCCGCGUGUUACGAGACUACUAA